AGGUGUGUUGAACUCCACUUCGUUGCACUUCGUUACGUUCAACUGUUUAUAGAUUACAGUAGGUUUAAAGGUUACAGGUGUGUUGAACUCCACUUCGUUGCACUUCGUUACGUUCAACUGUUUAUAGAUUACAGUAGGUUUAUAGGUUACAGGUGUGUUGAACUCCACUUCGUUGCACUUCGUUACGUUCAACUGUUUAUAGAUUACAGUAGGUUUAAAGGUUACAGGUGUGUUGAACUCCACUUCGUUGCACUUCGUUACGUUCAACUGUUUAUAGAUUACAGUAGGUUUAUAGGUUACAGGUGUGUUGAACUCCACUUCGUUGCACUUCGUUACGUUCAACUGUUUAUAGAUUACAGUAGGUUUAAAGGUUACAGGUGUGUUGAACUCCACUUCGUUGCACUUCGUUACGUUCAACUGUUUAUAGAUUACAGUAGGUUUAUAGGUUACAGGUGUGUUGAACUCCACUUCGUUGCACUUCGUUACGUUCAACUGUUUAUAGAUUACAGUAGGUUUAUAGGUUACAGGUGUGUUGAACUCCACUUCGUUGCACUUCGUUACGUUCAACUGUUUAUAGAUUACAGUAGGUUUAAAGGUUACAGGUGUGUUGAACUCCACUUCGUUGCACUUCGUUACGUUCAACUGUUUAUAGAUUACAGUAGGUUUAUAGGUUACAGGUGUGUUGAACUCCACUUCGUUGCACUUCGUUACGUUCAACUGUUUAUAGAUUACAGUAGGUUUAUAGGUUACAGGUGUGUUGAACUCCACUUCGUUGCACUUCGUUACGUUCAACUGUUUAUAGAUUACAGUAGGUUCAUAGGUUACAGGUGUGUUGAACUCCACUUCGUUUCACUUCGUUACGUUCAACUGUUUAUAGAUUACAGUAGGUUCAUAGGUUACAGGUGUGUUGAACUUCACUUCGUUGCACUUCGUUACGUUCAACUGUUUAUAGAUUACAGUAGGUUCAUAGGUUACAGGUGUGUUGAACUCCACUUCGUUGCACUUCGUUACGUUCAACUGUUUAUAGAUUACAGUAGGUUUAUAGGUUACAGGUGUGUUGAACUCCACUUCGUUGCACUUCGUUACGUUCAACUGUUUAUAGAUUACAGUAGGUUUAAAGGUUACAGGUGUGUUGAACUCCACUUCGUUGCACUUCGUUACGUUCAACUGUUUAUAGAUUACAGUAGGUUUAUAGGUUACAGGUGUGUUGAACUCCACUUCGUUGCACUUCGUUACGUUCAACUGUUUAUAGAUUACAGUAGGUUUAAAGGUUACAGGUGUGUUGAACUCCACUUCGUUGCACUUCGUUACGUUCAACUGUUUAUAGAUUACAGUAGGUUUAUAGGUUACAGGUGUGUUGAACUCCACUUCGUUGCACUUCGUUACGUUCAACUGUUUAUAGAUUACAGUAGGUUUAAAGGUUACAGGUGUGUUGAACUCCACUUCGUUGCACUUCGUUACGUUCAACUGUUUAUAGAUUACAGUAGGUUUAUAGGUUACAGGUGUGUUGAACUCCACUUCGUUGCACUUCGUUACGUUCAACUGUUUAUAGAUUACAGUAGGUUUAUAGGUUACAGGUGUGUUGAACUCCACUUCGUUGCACUUCGUUACGUUCAACUGUUUAUAGAUUACAGUAGGUUUAAAGGUUACAGGUGUGUUGAACUCCACUUCGUUGCACUUCGUUACGUUCAACUGUUUAUAGAUUACAGUAGGUUUAUAGGUUACAGGUGUGUUGAACUCCACUUCGUUGCACUUCGUUACGUUCAACUGUUUAUAGAUUACAGUAGGUUUAUAGGUUACAGGUGUGUUGAACUCCACUUCGUUGCACUUCGUUACGUUCAACUGUUUAUAGAUUACAGUAGGUUCAUAGGUUACAGGUGUGUUGAACUCCACUUCGUUUCACUUCGUUACGUUCAACUGUUUAUAGAUUACAGUAGGUUCAUAGGUUACAGGUGUGUUGAACUUCACUUCGUUGCACUUCGUUACGUUCAACUGUUUAUAGAUUACAGUAGGUUCAUAGGUUACAGGUGUGUUGAACUCCACUUCGUUGCACUUCGUUACGUUCAACUGUUUAUAGAUUACAGUAGGUUCAUAGGUUACAGGUGUGUUGAACUCCACUUCGUUGCACUUCGUUACGUUCAACUGUUUAUAGAUUACAGUAGGUUUAAAGGUUACAGGUGUGUUGAACUCCACUUCGUUGCACUUCGUUACGUUCAACUGUUUAUAGAUUACAGUAGGUUUAUAGGUUACAGGUGUGUUGAACUCCACUUCGUUGCACUUCGUUACGUUCAACUGUUUAUAGAUUACAGUAGGUUUAAAGGUUACAGGUGUGUUGAACUCCACUUCGUUGCACUUCGUUACGUUCAACUGUUUAUAGAUUACAGUAGGUUUAUAGGUUACAGGUGUGUUGAACUCCACUUCGUUGCACUUCGUUACGUUCAACUGUUUAUAGAUUACAGUAGGUUUAUAGGUUACAGGUGUGUUGAACUCCACUUCGUUGCACUUCGUUACGUUCAACUGUUUAUAGAUUACAGUAGGUUUAAAGGUUACAGGUGUGUUGAACUCCACUUCGUUGCACUUCGUUACGUUCAACUGUUUAUAGAUUACAGUAGGUUUAUAGGUUACAGGUGUGUUGAACUCCACUUCGUUGCACUUCGUUACGUUCAACUGUUUAUAGAUUACAGUAGGUUUAUAGGUUACAGGUGUGUUGAACUCCACUUCGUUGCACUUCGUUACGUUCAACUGUUUAUAGAUUACAGUAGGUUCAUAGGUUACAGGUGUGUUGAACUCCACUUCGUUACGUUCAACUGUUUAUAG